AUGGAUAUCCGCGAGCGUCGGGCCAUCAAGGAUGAAUGCGACCGGUUGGGGUUGCCGAUUGUCUCGAUUCCUUGUGUGGCCGUGGGGCUGAUCGACUUCAACCCGAGCGUGCAGGAGUUUCAUCGCGGUCGGGUCGAAGCCUAUCUGGACUUGGCCUAUGAAUACGGGGCGCGCAAUGUCUUACUGGUAAUCGGCGAGUACAUCUGGCAACGGGAAGUGAUCGCCCCGGCCGACCAAUGGAACACCGGUGUAGAGAACGUACGGAUGUUGGGCGAGUAUGCGGAAGAGUUGGGUUUGGAAAUCGCCCUGGAGUUGGAACCAUUCAAACUGUCGUUGUUGAACGAUAUGGACACGAUGGUGCAGUUCUUGGAUGACGUCGAUCACCCGGCAGUGAAGGCCAACAUCGACAUUUCGCACCUGGUGUUGUCCGAUGUGCCGGCCAGCGAACUUACGCGGCUCAAAGGUCGGGCGGCUCACGUACACAUCUCCGAUUGCGAUGGAAAAGUGCACGGAGACUUACCGCCGGGGCGUGGUGUGGUGGAGUUCGAACCUUACUUGAAGGCGAUUGCCGAGUUGGGCAUCGAUGGAGCGAUAUCGAUUGAGUUGGAGUACUCACCCGAGCCAGACAAGAUCGUCGAGUGGGUUACCGAGGCGUACCACGAGACCGAUCGAUUGAUGCAGGUCGUCGCGGUAGAGAUGGUAUUCGUGCUCGAUCUUGGCCGCGGAGACCUUCUUGGCGGUGGUCUUCAACCGCAAGAUAUCGUCGUAACGGGCCGGCUGGUGAUAGCGGGUUUCGAGCCGGACCACGACCAUGUAAAGGCCGUCGUCUUCCAACUCGCGGUAGCUGAUGCCUGCGGACCUCAGCAACUCGGUGCGGCCCAUCUCGAAAUAGAUGAUGUAGUUGGCGUGGUGCAACAGGCCCAUCGCGUCAGUUUCGCAGUAGCGGACGCGGAUUUCUAUUUCGUUUUCGGUGACUGGUUUUCGGACCAUCGGUGCGGCAUUCGGUUGAAAGUGAUCGGCAUUGCCCGGGGCAGCGACCUCGAGGGCCGUGCGUGUAUGAGUGUGGGAGAAGGUUCAGGCACCGACUUCGCUACGAUGCGGGGCCGUAAUUACCCCACCAUCCGCCAGUUCACCGUGUUCCUCGAGAACCGUGUGGGCCAGUUGCUGGAAGUGGUUCGCCGCUUUGAAGGCAGCAAUGUGCGGAUUGUUGCACUUUCGAUUGUGGACACCACCGAGUGCGCGUUUGUGCGGUUCCUGCUCAGCCACCCGGAGCAAGGUCGAGAGAUUCUGGAACGCGCCGGGCUAGCGAUGAUCGAGAGCGACCUGAUCGGCGUCGAGCUUCCCCCUGGACAGCAACCGCUGCUGCGGGUGUGCAAAGCCCUGCUCGAAGCCGAAGUGAAUAUCGUGCAGACCUAUCCCUUGUUGGUCCGCCCCCGCGGUCGCCCCGCGGUGGCUUUGAUGGUCGAUAGCCUCGACGUGGCUAUGGAAACGCUGGCCUCGCACGGGUUCGCCAUGAUCACCGAAGGCGACCUGAUCGAAGAAGACGAGCAGUAA